AUGGCUUUUUUUCUGAUCGGUGGAUCGAUCACAUUGACGUUGGUGGUUCUUCUUAUUCUUCUACUUACUUACUAUGUUUACAAUCUGUGGACGAAUAACAUCUUUCGUCGAUUGGGAAUUCCAGCUCCCACGCCAAUACCAUUUCUUGGUGAAAUGUUCCAAAUUAUGCGAAAAGGCGUGCAUAAGAAUGAUGUAGAUCUCUCGAAAAAAUACGGGAAAAUUGUUGGCGUUUUCGAAGGAACAACUCCCAUUAUUCUCAUUUCUGAUCCAGAGAUUCUUCGAAAUGUUCUCAUAAAAGAUUCUCAUGUGUUUGUCAAUCGACGAAUAAUUGAAGGUGCUGCUGGUGCGCUCGAACAUGGACUAACAGUCUUGAAAGAUGAACAAUGGAAAAAUGCUCGAUCGAUCGUUUCACCUGCAUUCUCUAGUGCAAAACUCAAAGCGAUGUAUGGCCUUAUAAAUGAAAUCAGUAAUAUUUAUAAUGAACGACUUCUUGAGUACGCGGAUAAACAAGAAAUAUUUGACAUUAAAGUGUUAAAUGGGCAGUAUACUCUGGACAACAUUGCUAGUUGUUUGUUUGGUGUGGAAACCAAUUCCUUACAAAAUGAAAAUGGAGUGUUGAUUAAGCAUUUGAAGAAGUUCUUCACUGUCAGUUUCGCAAAUAUAUUUCUCAUCAUCAUCUUUUUAGUACCCGGAUUAGCCAAAUAUCUAGGGAAGAAAGGUUAUUCUUUCUUACCAAGGGACGCUAUGGAGUACACAACUGAUCUUGUAAGUCAAGUGCUAAGUCGUCGCCGAGAAGGUCUUGAACGACGAAAUGAUUUUAUUCAAAUGAUGAUUGAUCAUGAAGAAGAAGUGAAAAACGAAACCGCGACAACGCAAGAAACAGAGGAGCAACAUGGAGACGGACAUCAGUGGAAAACAUUGAAGAAAACUUUGAGUGAUAAAGAAAUUUUGGCUCAAGCUUUGCUUUUCCUCAUAGCUGGCUACGAAACAACAAGUGUGUUAAUGUCGUUCUUCUUCUAUGUUAUGGCCACUCAGCCACAAAUUCAAGAGAAAGUCUAUGAUGAACUCCGGCAAAUCGUUGGAGACGAUGAAUUGACUUACGAGAAGUUACACGAACUUCACUAUUUGGACAUGGCCAUCAAUGAAACACUUCGAAUGUAUACACCAUUCAUAAGAACGGAUCGUGUCGCGUCUCAAGAUUAUCAAUUGGGCAAUUAUCUUAUACCAAAAGGAUCUAUCAUCAAUGCAUCGAUAUAUCCUAUUCACCAUGAUUCAAAAAUCUGGCCUGACCCGGAAAAGUUCAUCCCCGAAAGAUUUUUGCCAAGCGAAAAAGCCAAACGACAUCCCGUAUCAUUUAUUCCUUUUGGCGAAGGUCCACGAAACUGUAUUGGAAUGCGAUUCGCAUUGGUGGAAGCUAAACUUGGAAUUGCUCAAGCACUUCGAGUAGUGGAAUUUCAGAGUUGCGAAAAAACAGAAAUUCCAAUAAAAUUGGGAAAUCUCGGCCUUUUGAACAGUAACAGAAAUCAACAAAUAUCCUUAUAUGGAAUAGUCAAAGAGGCAUCGGGUAUUAGUAUUCUAGAGGAAAAAUACCUAAUACAAUUACGGCCAGCAAUUAUCACAACAAUGAUUUCUUUCAUUCUUUGUAAUUCAUUCUCAUUGACACUAUUCGUUGUAUUUAUUCUUGUCCUUGCCUACUAUGUUUAUGAUUUGCGCACAAAUAAUAUCUUUCGCCGGCUUGGAAUGCCAAGUCCACCACCCAUUCCUGUACUGGGUGAAAUGUAUAAUGCCAUUAGAAAGGGAAUGUAUGCUAACGAUGUCGAUCUUGUUCGAAAGUACGGAAAAGUUAUUGGUAUCCACGAAGGCACUGUUCCAGUUAUUCUCUUGUCCGAUCCGGAUCUCCUUCGAAAGGUUCUCAUCAAAGAUUCUCAUGUGUUUAUGAACCGGCGAACCUUGGAUGGCGCCGGAGGUAUACUGGAACAUGGCUUGACAUCGCUAAAAGAUGAACAUUGGAAAAAUGCCCGAUCUAUUGUUUCACCGACGUUCUCCACUGCCAAACUUAAAUCGAUGUUUGGACUGAUGAAUGAGGUCAGUGAAAUCUACAAAAAACGUCUCCUUGAAUAUGCUGAUAAACAAGAAACAUUCGACAUCAAACAAUUGAAUGGUGAAUUCACAUUGGAUAAUAUUACAACAUGUUUAUUUGGUGUUCAGACAAAUUCAUUAGAAGAGGAAAACGGGGCACUCAUUGAUCAUCUAAAGAAAUUCUUUUCAUUCAGCCUUGCAAAUCUAUUCCUUCUAAUCUUUUUUAUUUCACCACGAUUAGCCCGUCGUUUGGGUAACAACGGCUAUUCGGUUAUACCCAGAGAUACAAUAAGGUACCUGACAAACUUGAUGAACCAAAUACUCGAUCGACGUCGACAACAUCUUGAACGACGAAAUGACUUUAUUCAGUUGUUAAUUGAUCGUGAAGAACAAGUAAAACAUGAAGAACAACAGUUUGAAACUAAUAAGAAAAGUUUGUCGAACAAUGAGAUUCUCGGCCAAGCAGCUGUAUUUCUCGUUGCUGGCUAUGAAACGACCAGUGUGUUAAUGUCAUUCUUCUUCUAUGUCAUGGCCACUCAUCCACAAAUUCAAGAAAAAGUCUAUGAUGAGAUUCAACAAGUUAUUCCAAAUAACGAAGUAACUUAUGAGAAGUUGAGUGAACUUCACUAUUUGGAUAUGGUCAUCAGUGAAACACUUCGAAUGUAUCCGCCAUUUACUAGAUUCGAGCGUGUUGCAUCAACUGACUAUCAGCUGGGUGAUUAUCGCAUACCAAAAGGAAUAGUCAUUAGUGUACCUGUGUAUCCUAUUCAUCACGAUCCACAAGUAUGGCCGGAGCCAGAGAAGUUCAUUCCCGAGAGAUUUUCAACUGAAGAGAAAGGCAAACGAGAUGCAAUGAGUUAUCUUCCAUUUGGCGAUGGACCACGAAAUUGUGUUGGCAUGCGAUUUGCGUUACUCGAAACAAAACUGGGAAUAGUGAAAGCACUGCGCGUAGUGGAAAUCGGACGAUGUGAGAAGACUGAAAUUCCAGUUCAAUUGGGUCAAACAACAACUCUAUCGCCCAAAAAUUGUGUUAUAAUUCGUGCUGUACGACGAUAA